AUGUCCACGCGAGACCGUUGCCUAUUUUUUGGGACAGGCCUUGCCUCAGUAAUUCUCGUUUACUCUGUGAUCAGGCACCUUAGAAGUCUUCCUGCAGGCACCGGAAUGAGCGAAUUGAUUAAAAAUGAGCCCAAAAAGCUUGAGAAUGCUCUCACGAUUCGCGCUCUUUCCGAAUUAACGAGAGCUGAAAAUAUUAAUUUGCGUAACAGUGCGAUUCGCAUAUUACUGGACAGAGCAAUGUCAGACGAUUUUCUUGGAGAUGUAAUAUCUUCUUGUCGAAAUCCCCAUGAGGAGAGACGUAUGGAAGCGGUUAUUACACUACAAUUGUUGUCACGCACUGAGGAGAACAAAGCCACGUUAGUUGAAAAUAAUGCGCUGGAAGUGUUAGUAGGACUCCUCCGACAAGAGGAUAAUCGUGAAACAACUCAUAGAUAUGCGGCUAUUGCUCUCUGUGAUCUGAUGACAGGACAAAACGUACGUAAGAUUAAAGUCGUGGAACUAGGUGUGAUUCCACCUUUGAUACAAAUACUCGAGUCAACUAGAGAACUGUUGGACAGUGAAUUAAAGUCGUGGUGUGUGAUGGUGGUCCAUCAGAUCUCGAUGUGCGAGCAACUCCAUCAGCCAUUGGGGGCUGCCGGAUUUGUUCCAAUAUUAGCAAGAAUGUCGUGGGAAACACUUGGCAGUACGACAGUGCCCAAGUUCUGUAUGCAGGCUUUAGUUAGAAUAUUGUCUACUAUGUCUGCUGCUGAGGCCAAGCAAUAUCUCCAUCAGUUACUUGACUGUAAUAUUGUCAUGUUGAUAGCCUCCUGUCUGAAGUCAGCUCAGCUGAAGCUCUCGAGCAUUUCGACCGAAGAUACAGAGCUACUUUACUGGGCGCUGGGUUUGAUGCACGAGUUUGUCGUGAAAGUGAGGAAUCUUUCAGACAUCGGACAGAAGGAAUUUCGUGAGAUGCGCAAUUUGUUGAGAUUUAUGUCAACUCUGUUGGGUAUUGAGGAACCAUAUAUCUCUCGUAUUAUGUUACGCGCUCUCAAGUUUCUAGGCAAUGGGGAUGAUGUCUAUCAAAAGAAAAUGAUAAGUGAGGGCAUUUUAAAUAAAGUAAUUUAUUGUAUGAAAUCAACCGAUGACGAUGUAGUCUACUGGAGUUUGGUGGUACUGCAAGACCUGGUCGUCCACUCAGAAUCGCAUAAGGAUAUUGUUGAACCGACAUCAAUAGACAUUCUAUCUCACCUUCUUGAUUCACCAAAACAACAUAUUCGCACAUAUGUGACAGGUGUCAUAGCAACACUCUGUUCUUCCUACGAAUUUCAUGAGAAAAUCGUUGAUCAUCCUGAUUUGUUCGAGAAACUUCUUAACAUUCUCAAAGCUGAGAGAGAACUCGAUACACAAUAUGCAGCAUCAGUGGCAUUAUUUAACUUAUCAGCUACAUGUGAUAAACCGGCAGCCCACUUGAUUAGAGACGAUUGCAUCAGUAUCCUAGGAAAUACACUCAAGUACAGCCAAAGAGAGAAAAUUUCGUCAACUUGUGCUAAAGCUUUAGUGAUAUUAGCACUGAAAGACCAAACCCGCCUUCCUGGAAUAUCUUCAACCAUUUUAAUUCCUUUGAUCAAACACACCCUUACAUUUUGUGAGGCUACGUUUAAAUCUUUUCUUUCUUCCUCUCCAUCAAACGCUACAGUAUCAAGCAGCGCCAAAUCAACAACAUCACUUCUAGAUACACUUGAGGGCGAAAUAACGUUACCUUACUCUCGUAUAAGGUCCAUCACUGCCCCUCUUUCGGCUUCACUUGAUGCUCUGUUAAUAUUGCUCACGAAUUACUCCAUAUCUGGUCGUGACUUUGCUGAUAAAAAUAAGGAAUUGCUAUUCAAACUAGCGCGCACUCUUAUGGAGUUAUUUGCUCAACCAGGAGUGAAAGAAUGGAUCAGGGGAAGGAUGUUUAAAAACGGAAUGUUAUUGGAAGACUUGAUGAAGGUUGAUACGAGUUUACAGUAUUAUGCAAGGCCAGUGAGGUUUUUGAAGUUGGCCACUGAGAGAGGUAGUUGGAGCGCGGAAGAGAAUGAUAUUUCGAGAAUUGAGGUCGAUGAAGAUGAAGAGCGAAUGAAGGACGCGAAAUAUGCCUUAGCAGCGAAAGCAAUUGAUGUGCUUAGUGAGAUGGCGGGACAUCAUUACCUCACGGAUGUAAUAAUAAACACAGAAGAAGGCGCUUUUUUCGUUGCUUUGGUUAAAUUAUUAAAUUUCCGACCCUGGCAACCCCUGUCUGAGCUUGCUACACAUAUUUUGCACUUUCUCGGGCCAUUUUCAGCACGUGAUUCUUUUCCUAACAACUUUCCUCGAUUGACGAGUAUUAAGAUUUUACUGGGUAUAUCUACUUGGCGUAUCCUAUUGUAUAGGCAGACGACUGAUGUGAAAUUCUAUGCUGAAUUAUUCCUCUAUUACUUGAGUGCUUCGUGGAAUUGUCAUCGACUUACUAGGAUAUCCGUGUCAUAUUGUGUGCUUGAUCGGCUAAGUUCUACACGUCACUUUAGACUGUCGGGUGAUCGAAUCACGUGCCGCAACGAUUCAUGGACAUUUGAAACAAUCCGCGCAAAUAGAGGUGUAACUAAGAGAGGCAGAUAUGCUUACGAAGUGCGCCUUAGGACUGGCGGGCUCGUCCAGAUUGGUUGGACUACCAGGCAAGCUCAGUUUGAACCCGAGAUCGGUACUGGCGUUGGUGACAACGACGAUUCGUACUCUUACGACGGAUUUCGUCGGCGCAAAUGGCACGGAAAAAAAAGGGUGACGCCAUCAGAAAACUCUUAUGGAUUACCAUGGCGCGCCGGAGAUUUUGUAACAUGCUGUAUAGACUUAGAAGAUGGAACUAUGGGUUAUUGGCUGAAUGGAGAACCAAUGGGCAUUGCAUUUACUAAUAUUAAUAAGAAGGAAGAGUGGUACCCUGCUGUAUCAUUGGCCUCGUCUCAAGAGUGCGGAGUACAUUUCGGUGGGGUAUUUGAUCCGUUGGCAUAUAUUCCUGCGGGGUACAGGCCUAUUGGAUAUACAGGAUCAAAUUCAGAAACAACGAAUAACCCUACGGAAAACAAUCUUCCGAAAAAUGGUACUAGCGAAAACGUUGAGAAGCCGCUAGGCAAUCUAUUUCUACCCUUACUCUAUUAUGAAGUGCGAGUUGGAUUGAAGAACGUGUUUGGCAGUCAUUGUCUUCAAAUAGGACUUGGCAAUAAUCUUGAUGAUGCCAUCCUAUUUUGUCGCAACCGAGACUCCUGCUUUCUAGUCGUGAUCAAUCUCCGCGUGUUUACAUCACCUACUGAACUGGACACAUGUUUAAUUCGUGCCUUAUCUAGGAGAAUGGAUCAGCGAACGAGUAUCUCUAGAGCAAGUGAUGACAGUGACAAGAUAGGAACGUUAAUUGAAUUAGAUGUGCGGCUGAAAGACGGAGAUUACGUUGGAUGCGGUUUACGGGAUUUAAAAGAGGAGGACGACAAUAGCAACUUGCCGGGCACAAGUAGAGGCACUCGUGUUGCCGUAUUUUUCACUGUCAACGGAAAUAUUAGAUACGUGCGACCGACAAAUAUCUUUUUCUUUCCCUACAUUGAUCAUAGAUUUCCUCGCGUCGCUACAUUGUUCGGUCUUGCUCGCGACUCUUCAUUUUCAGAGUUUAAAUAUGAACCUGCUAAUACACUGAGAGCAGUUGAUGCUAUGAGGGAAUAUGUAGACGAGGCAUAUGGAAGAAUCUCCAAACUGUGGUGA